AUGGUGUUUGAGAGUGUAACAACAUCCAGGGAUAUAGGUGUUACCUUGGUCAAUAAUCCUUCGAGCAUAUCUUCCCCUAAAUGUCCACAUAUAGUUAGUCCUUUAAAACUUUCCAUUCCUUUGAAUACUGACGAUGAAGGUGUGGGCGUGACCCUAGGUGAUUCUAUAGACGAUAUUGUUCAUCCAACUUCGGAGGCCACUAUCGAGUCAUCCGGGCUACAUGGGUUCCCCAUUCAUUCUAACCCUGAAUCAAUCGCUACAACUGAAUCUACUACAAAAUCCAUUCUUCUUAUCACUCCUAUUUCUGUUGUCGAACCCAUCCAACAGGUUCCUCUUACUACUCUAACUCUGACCACAAAUAUUUCUCUGUCUACCGACUCUCUAGUAACAAUGGUAGUGCUGCCUAUUUCUAAAAUCCUUCUUGUGAUGUCUUUUCUUAAGAAAGGCGCGUCCAAGCGAGCCUUUCAAGAUAAGCUAUUUGGCAUUUGUACCCUAGUGUCGACUACCACUGCCAUGACUCCUCUUAUUGUUACUAAGCCAACCUCUGGAGCUUCUAUUGUCUCUGCUUCUGAUACCAUUGAUGUUGAUGCUUUGAUAUAUCCGACUGAUAACUCGCCUCUCGAUACUGCCUCCGAUAAUAUGCUUGUAACUAGUUCUACUCCUUCUGGUUCGACUAUUCCAGAGCUUGCUCCUCUUCCUACUUUGAUGUCACUAGCUUCUUCUCUUCCUUAUUUCCUUCAUCAUUUUACCUCUACCAGGUUCACCAAUAAUCCUGGUCUUUGUAAGGCUCGUGCUUCUGUGGCCACUACGAAGAGCAUGGAAUUCGACAAGCUUUUGGAAUGCAUGGACAAUCUUCGAUCAAGUUAUCAAGUCUUGGAGAGGGAGAAGACAUAA